AUGCCAAGUUGUAAGGCCAACAUGCCUUCUUUGAUCAUUCUGAACCAGGAUGAAAAUCUGACAAAGGAGUUUGUCCCCAAUAAAGGGGAGAAGCUGGAUAUGAUGAUGGAAAAAAUCCGCAACAAAGCAAAUCAACUAAAACCCCUUCCAGAGAGUGCUAAAGCAAUCCGUGCAGCAAUGAUGGACAAGAGGCUGGUGUUUGAUAGUAAUGAGAAAGCCCUCAUGCAGAAGUUUAUGGACACUCUUCAAAAAUCGAUGAAGAUUGUUUCACUACAAGGCAUGCUGGAGCGUCUUGAGACCCUCUCUCGGCAGCUUGGCUUGAAAUUCCAUCCUGAAUCACCGGGCACAGAUUGUUAUUACAUUUCUGCUGACUCAUAUUAUGUAGAGGUUGCUAUCUACGCCACUGGGGGAGUUAAAGAUGUCCAUGUGCAACACAGCUCAGAGUCUGCACCAAAAUGUGUUCCAGAAAUGAGAAAUGCUUUGAAUCGAGCAGACUUUCAGGACUUCAUCAGUCAUCUGGAGGGUCUGAAUGCAAUUUAUCAGUUGAAUACAGAUAUUAAGACAAAAGGAAAGGCUUGGAUAGCAUUGUCUUCAUUGGAAAGAGACCUUGGUGCUUUGGCUGAAAUGCAGAUGGCUCUCACACCUGACCCUCACAGCCUAAUCCAUGAUUCUCCUGUUGGAGUUCUUCAGCCUCGACAAGGGGGACACCCAAUGCUUCUGACAUACUUCAUAUCACCAUAUGAAUUAUUGGACAAGAAGGCUGGAGUUGCAUUACCUCUGACUGUUGAAAUGGUUACUUCUUCAAAGAAAGGGAGAUAUGUUGCUGUUGUCUUGCAGCCUGCCACACCAAACAAGCUCCAAGUUAUGAGUGUACUUAACACUAACAGAACGGGAGAUGGUCACACGCUUCCGUCAUUUAUGCCCCUCAACAACAUGAACAGUGCAACUCUUCCAGCCAUAUUUGCACUGCAGCUGCCAAAAGCUUUACCAGUGAGUGUGCCAACUCUUCAUCACAUCUCUCAAAUCACAGGAGUUGAAGUUGGUGAUACAGACAAUGUUCAGCCUCUUAUGAAUCUCAUCACCUCUGAUGUCUCCAAUGGGGAACUGGAAUGUGGCUUUAACAAGGGCUUGUUUGUAACUCUACCUGAUCAGCAACAUUGCUACUUCAUGAUGGGAAUAGAGGAAUUGCAGGGUAUUAUGCUGAAGAGCAUCCGAUUCACUCACCCAACUCAUGUUCCUCAGAUAUUGGUGCUUCUGAGGAAACAGGCUCUCUUCAAUGCUCUCAUAGCCAGUUGUGUUCGGACAAGUUCCAAGCAAGAGUUGGAGGGGUCAAUAACUUUUGAAGUGUCAGCAUCUUCAGUACAUCAAAUCUCAGUGACAUUCGAGCAUCCAUUGGAACAAUGCAUGGCUACAGCUGAAUUGGAUCUGUCAUAUAUCAGUAACAUCAAAUGUCGCCUUCACUCCCUUGCAUCAAAUCAGAUCCUCUGCUCAGAAGAAUAUGCCAGCAAAAUUCUUCAGAGGUGCCUUUCAAUUCCAGUAACAAUGAGAGCAAUCAUUAAGAAGGCCCAGAGCACCCAGCCGAAAGCAGCUGGCCAAUCUGAAGGAGAAGCCAUGUUGACAAUGGGACGGGCAGCUUUUUUGGACCAGAACUCUUCAGCCCACUUCCCUCCAAACUUGGAUUCUAAACGUUCACAAAAGGCUGAUCAUUACUCAUCAUCUGCUCGGGGAAAACAGGAAGAGAGCAUGACUGGUCAGAGUGCUGAAGGAGCAGAACCAUACAAAGAUGUAACAAUUGGGCUCUCUGGGAGUUCAACCCUUGGACCUAGAUCACAGGGACCGCAUCCUUCCACCUUUAAUAGCACUCCUUUCAUUGGACCUGAAGGAUUCAAGAAAGCUAAAUCUGCACCUCGUAAGAGAAAAAUGACGUCUGAAUCAGCUCCAGGUUCUAGCCCACACACAGUGAAUAGAUUUAGCCCAAAGCAGUCUCGGGUUGGGGAUGAGGAUGAAUUUUUAACAUCUGUCAGUACUCCCAUGAGUGCUCCACCAACAUUGGGAGUUGGUGGACCCGAACUCAGUUCACUGAAAUCAAGCUCUUCCAUGGAAGACUUGAGGAAACAUAUAAAGACAGAACCUUAUGAUUUCGAUCUAGAAGACAUGGGAGUGCCUGAUGGUCCAACAAAGCACAUGGACAAAAGCAAGAGGAAGCUUAAGAAGGUGAAAUCGGAUAGUAAGUUAUCUGCUGCACAUGCACCAUCUUUGAUGGAAACAGAUGCUCCAUCAAUGCUCCUGCAUCAUUUAUCAGAGAAAUCCUCCUUGAGCAUAACACCCAUUAGUUCAUCACCUGCUACUGUGUGUUCUGCUGGCAGCUUGUCCUCUUCCACUACAGUUUCUUCCGCCAGUUCAUCAAUCAAUUCCACCCUGGCUAGGUUUGGUCUGGAGAGACGGCCAGGCAUUGAAAUCAUUCCCAUUAGUAGUGCUCCGAACCCUUAUAUUGAUGAUAAGAGGAACAAGAGUAGAGAGUUUCGAAAAGAGACACCAGAGAAGAAGAAAGGAGAGAAGAAGGAGAAGAGGAAACGACGAGGUGAUGAGGAUCUGUCUCGAAGGGAAGUCAUGGGUCCUCCCCGAUCGGGAGCUACAAAGCCGAUUACUUUGAGCAUCAAGACGUCUCCAGGAUCACUCUCUUAUAAAAAGUCCUCUGAGUUGGGUAGAGUGAAGCUGGGAUCAGCUAAUGCAAAUCCUGCCAACUCACUUUUGACAGCUAAUUCCAGUGUUAGUGCCAGUGGAAGUGCAUUGUUGUACAAGGCAUCAACUUUGAGUCCAAAGCAAGGAUUUGGCAGCAAGCAUGGUAGCAGUCCCAAGCAAUCAAGUGCAAGUCCCAAAAUGUCAUCUCCAAAGCAGUCUGCUUCUCUGAAGAGUUUAAGCUCUCUGCAGUCAUCAGCACCUGGUGGGAAACCCACCCUCACCCCACUUGCAAUUUGCCUAGGGAAUGCAAGUGCUCCUUCCAUUGCCAGCCUCCCUAAAAUCCCAAAAAUCAAAGAUAGAAAACCACCAAUAUCUGUUGGAGGAGAUGGGAAGUCUGAGGUAUCAACAGGAACAGAUAACCAGAAGAUCAUUGGAAAUCAGAACUUUGGAGCACAGGCCAUGAUGCAUCAAGCGCUGCCUGGGAAAAACCUGCAAAAAAAGGGAAAAGGUUCUCUAUCAGCUGUAAUUGACAAGCUAAGGUCCACUGCAGAACAUACAGAUACCUCUGUUAGCCCAUCUGGCACAGAAAAGAAGGAUGCACCUAAGACAGAGUUUACUGUGAAGCCAAGCUCCAAGGGGCUGAAGCUCACUGUAACCAAGACAAAAGGCUCUGAUGGUUCUGGAAAGUCUUACUCUUCAACUAAAUCGAAAAUGCAUCGAACGAUGGGGGAUGGGUCCACACAGGGACAGACAGGAUCUCCUUUAAGUGUUAGACAAGGAGCUCAAACACCACAUGGCAAGAAGGAUCAAAUACCUCCUUCACCCCACAUUCUAGGUAGAUCUGUUCAGAAAUCUCCUUCUGAAGCAUCCAUAAAGAAUAUCCCUAGAGUGAUUUCUCCUAAGUCUCAAAAUGUGCUUAAAGAAAAGGUGAAAGAUGCUCAGUUGUCUGCCUCAGGGAAAGAGGCAAAACUCCUUGGACGUCAAAGAUCCUUUGAUGAAUGCCAUACCCAGGUAAAUCAAGACGAUGCUCUUCAGCUAAUUAUGUCUGGUCGAGACCUAGAAUUCCUCCAAAUGCAUUCCAAUGAGGGGAAAGUCAAUUUGUCACAGUCAGUUUCUGUGGAUUCUCUUAUGGCCUGUGACCCAGUUGCUGGUUCAUCUGAAGCUAGAUCCUCUGUCUCAAAGCCAGAGAAAGCACUCCCACUUAAUUUAACAAUGAGCAAGGAGAAGGCCCUUGAAGAAAGUACAAAAACAUCAGAGAAGAAUGCUGAUGGAUCCAGUUGUCUUCCUAGCCCUGAUGAAGGAGCACUGGUCAUAGAUGAUCCCAGCAAUGGCAAAGGCAGAUCAUGUGGAAAUGACAUGUUGUUACCUGAGAUACCUCCAGCUCCAUCUCGUCCACUCCCUUCUCCAUCUGUAUCUGCUCAUAUUGUCACAUCCCCUGCCUGUGGGAAUUCUCCUAUCACGCUUAUCUCACCUCAUUCUUCAAAAGGUUCCCCUUGUGCUAUUGAUGAUGAACUCAUGAAUGAAGCCCUCCUGCUCAAUCCUCAAUGA